UCCACUCCCUAUCAAAUUUGACCUGUUUCUCAUAUGUUCCACCGGGUGGCGGUAGAAGCGUGGUCCCUUCUGGUUUUCGGUGUUCCACACCUUGUUUAUCUUUUGUAUGACUUGGAAUAGGGAGCAGGCAACAUCGUUGUGCCGAUCUCAUCUCCCCAAAGACUCGCGGGAUGUGAACGAGGAGCUCGUAGAGGCUCCACCUUGAAGUGCUACAGCCCGUGUGAAAUCAGUUUUUAACCAGAGGAUAAUACAAACACCGACAAGUAGAAUGCAUGUCAAAGCUCCUAUUGAAACCUCAAACUCCCACCAUCAGUCCCAGCAGGCAGCGUUGCAGCCUCGUCCUGCGCGCUGAUUGGCUGAGGCUGAAUGAUGCUGGCUGCGCGCUGUUGUCCGCGAGGAGCGAGGAGGAGAGCUCAGAGCACAUCCCAGUGCCACGGUAACACAGCGGGGGGCAUCUCUAGUAUCUCUGUCUCUACGGGAAAAUGUCCACGUUCACCGUCUCCAGGGAUAUCAACAUGAAAGUCACCCACCGGGUGUGGAUCGCAGCCUAACCCAUCCAGUGACCACGCGGCUCCCUGAAGGUCUAGCGGACACACAGCGCUCACCUCUGGACUCCGAGACCCGGACCGACGGGUACCAUGCCCACUGUAAGCGGCGAGAACGAGAGCAUCCUGAGCUAUCAGAGGCCCGAUGAGGAGGUGGUUCUGGACCAGGGCGGGACUAGCUCUGUGCUCAACAUCCACUAUGAGAAGGAGGAGCUGGAAGGCCACCGGACCCUCUUCGUGGGGGUCCGCAUGCCACGGCAGGGCCACCGCCACCACAAGCCUCACGGCUCCCGGCACCGAAAGAGAGACCGCCGGGCCCCCCAGGCCACGGAGGCCGAGACCACCUCCCACGACACCCCCUCCCAGCGGGUGCAGUUCAUCCUGGGGACGGAGGAGGACGCGGAGCACGAGGCCCACGAGCUGUUCACUGAGCUGGACGAGAUCUGCGUCAAGGAGGGCAAGGACGCCGAGUGGAAGGAGACGGCCAGGUGGCUGAAGUUCGAGGAGGACGUGGAGGACGGGGGUGAGCGCUGGAGUAAGCCGUACGUGGCCACGCUGUCGCUGCACAGCCUGUUCGAGCUGCGCUCCUGCAUCAUCAACGGCAGCGUGCUGCUGGACAUGCACGCCGACAGCAUCGAGGAGAUCGCAGACAUGGUGUUGGACCACCAGGAGACGUCCCACGAGCUGGACGACAGCGUGCGCGUGAGGGUCCGCGAGGCGCUGCUGAAGAGACACCACCACCAGAACGACAAGAAGAAGAACAACCUGAUCCCCAUCGUCCGCUCCCUGGCCGAGGGAUCCCGCAAGCAGUCAGAGACACACCUCAGCGGUUCGUCGGUGUCGGCACAGCCCCCUCCCAGCCACCUGGAGGUGAAGAACGGAGCGGGGCAGGACAGCACGCCGCCGGACCUCAGCAAGGUGGACAUGCACUUCAUGAAGAAGAUCCCCGAGGGCGCGGAGGCCUCCAACGUCCUGGUGGGGGAGCUGGACUUCCUGGAGAACCCGAUCGUGGCCUUCGUCCGCCUGUCCCCCGCGGUCCUCCUCACCGGACUCACUGAGGUCCCCAUCCCCACCAGGUUCCUGUUCAUCCUGCUGGGGCCCGACGGCAAGGCCCAGCAGUACCAUGAGAUAGGGAGGUCCAUGGCCACCAUCAUGACGGAUGAGAUCUUCCACGACGUGGCCUACAAGGCCAAGGACCGCUCAGACCUGCUGGCCGGGAUCGACGAGUUCCUGGACCAGGUGACGGUGCUCCCCCCCGGGGAGUGGGACCCCUCCAUCCGCAUCGAGCCCCCCAAGAACGUCCCCUCUCAGGAGAAGAGGAAGACUCCGGGCGUGUCUAACGGCAGUGCCUGCCCCCUGGAGGAGGAGCUGCAGGCGGAGCACCACGGACCAGAGCUUCAGAGGACCGGGAGGCUGUUUGGCGGGCUGCUGCUGGACAUCAAGAGGAAGGCCCCGUUCUACCUCAGCGACUUCAGGGACGGUCUGAGCCUGCAGUGCGUGGCCUCCUUCCUCUUCCUCUACUGCGCCUGCAUGUCCCCCGUCAUCACCUUCGGGGGGCUGCUGGGGGAGGCCACCGAGGGGCAGAUAAGUGCCAUCGAGUCCCUGCUGGGGGCGUCCAUGACGGGCGUGGCCUACUCGCUGUUCGCCGGCCAGCCCCUCACCAUCCUGGGCAGCACCGGGCCCGUCCUGGUCUUUGAGAAGAUCCUCUUCAAGUUCUGCAAGGACUACGGCCUCUCCUACCUGUCCCUGAGGACGUGCAUCGGCCUGUGGACCGCGCUGCUCUGCCUCCUGCUGGUUGCCACGGACGCCAGCUCGCUGGUCUGCUACAUCACGCGCUUCACCGAGGAGGCCUUCGCCGCCCUCAUCUGCCUCAUCUUCAUCUACGAGGCCCUGGAGAAGCUCAUCCACCUGGGGGAGAUCUACCCCAUCAACACGCACAGCGAGCUGGACAAGCUGACGCUGGCCUACUGUAGGUGUGCAGAGCCAGAUAACCCCAGCAACAACACCUUAGAGCUGUGGGGUCAGAAGAACAUCAGCGCUGCAACCGUGCCCUGGAGCAACCUGACCGUCAAGGAGUGUGUCAGCAUGCAGGGCCAGUUCGUGGGGACGGCGUGCGGCCACAACGGGCCCUACACCCCCGACGUGCUCUUCUGGUCCACCAUCUUGUUCUUCGCCACCUUUUUCAUGUCCGCCUUCCUCAAGCAGUUCAAGACCAGUCGCUACUUCCCCACCAAGGUGCGGUCCAUGAUCAGUGACUUUGCGGUGUUCCUGACCAUCGUGGUGAUGGUGCUGCUGGACUACGUCAUCGGGGUUCCCUCCCAGAAGCUGCAGGUGCCCAGCAAGUUCGAGCCCACCAGGAGCGACCGCGGCUGGCUGAUGAACCCGAUCGGCCGUAACCCGUGGUGGACGGUGCUGGCCGCCGCCAUCCCGGCGCUGCUCUGCACCAUCCUCAUCUUCAUGGACCAGCAGAUCACCGCCGUCAUCAUCAACCGCAAGGAGCACAAGCUGCUGAAGGGCUGCGGCUACCACCUGGACCUGCUGAUGGUGGCCAUCAUGCUGGCCGUGUGCUCCAUCAUGGGCCUGCCGUGGUUCGUGGCGGCCACGGUGCUCUCCAUCUCCCACGUCAACAGCCUGAAGCUGGAGUCGGAGAGCUCCGCCCCCGGGGAGCAGCCGCGCUUCCUGGGCAUCAGGGAGCAGCGCUUCACCGGCCUGCUCAUCUUCCUGCUCAUGGGCUGCUCCGUCUUCAUGACCGGGGCGCUGCAGUUCAUCCCCAUGCCGGUGUUGUACGGCGUGUUCCUCUACAUGGGAGCUUCCUCACUGAAGGGCAUACAGUUCUUCGACCGUCUCCAGCUCUUCGGGAUGCCCGCCAAGCACCAGCCGGACUUCAUCUACCUGCGCCACGUGCCGCUGAGGAAGGUGCACCUGUUCACCCUGACGCAGCUCACCUGUCUGGUGCUGCUGUGGGUCAUCAAGACCUCGCCCGCCGCCAUCGUCUUCCCCAUGAUGGUGCUUGCGCUGGUGUUCAUCCGGAAGCUUCUGGACCUGUGCUUCUCCAAGCGGGAGCUGAGCUACCUGGACGACCUGAUGCCCGAGUGGAAGAAGAAGCGUCUGGACGACGCCUCCAAGAAGAUGGAGGGGGCGGAGCCUGGCGUGCUGCCAGGGGUCAACGAGGAGUCCCUGGUCAUGCUGAGCCCCAAGGGGGACGGCAGCACAGCGGUGGAGGUUCCUCUGGAGAAGGAGAAGACCCCCCAGCCCCCGAGAGCCCACGACCCCCGGCGCGACCCCUCUGAUAUUAAUAUUUCUGACGAAAUGUCGAAAACCACCGUGUGGAAAUCUCUGAGCUCCAACCAGAAGGACCCCCGCCAGGGGCCCGCCAAGAAGGAUUGAGGACAUCGAGUUCAUAGACGAGUGAGGUGUCGGGCAAGGAGCCCAUCUCAGAAGUCUGGACGCAAAGGAUUCUGGGACGUCAACGCACGCCGGCUGGUGUCAGAGGAAAGACGAGGGGACUCUGAGAUUUACUACCAGCUGCACGCACACACACAAACACACACACACACGCACAGACCCCUACGCAUACCCAUACACACACACACACACACACACACACACACACACACACACACACACAAACACGCACAAACACAGAUGCAUACCCAUACAAACACGCACGCAAACGCACACACACAGGGGCAUACAAAUACACAUACGUAUGCACACGGGCGCACACAACGAGAAACUCACACACAUACUCAUCACACACAUUCCAGACACAGACACACAGUUGCAGCCAGACACACAAUAACUGCUACAUAGAAAUUGAUAGCACACACACACACUCACUCAUAUGCACAUCCUGCUAAUACUCCUCCCCCCCCCAGAAGACCAUAUUUCUGAUUGUCUCUCGCCACUCUGGGCAAUACUUAGGGAGUGUGAAUAUUCCGUUAACAUAAACCAGGUUACUUCCGUUGAGUCCAUUUUAUACGUGCCAUGACGUGUUCUCUUAGUGACGGUGGUUUGAUUUCAAUGUUUUGUUCAGUUGGAAACAAAAGAGUAGAUAAUAAGUCCUUUGGCACUCAAAACAAACCUGUGUAUUAGUGUUCUGACGUGUACACUGAUAACUGAACGUCAAAUAGUUCAGUGGAAUCGGUGACUAAUAAUCUGUGUUUCAUGACGUCUAAACAUGUCUCUUUCUGGACCGUGUCUUUGAUACUGAUUGUGUAGAUCUGCUGAAUGUCGUGUGAUGUCCUGUACUCUGUCCCGGUGUAAUGUCCUGUUUCUUUACCUCAGACAUAAGCUACUGAACUCUCCUGCAAGACACUUUGGGUCCCAUCACAGGUCAGGGAAGACCGGAUAUUUAACGUGUGUGUGUGGGCGUGUGUGUGUGUGUGUGGGUGCGUGUGUGUGUGUGUUUGUCUGGAAGCCAUUUCUCUGAAUCUGUACAUUUGUAUGAUAUGCUUGAAUGUAUGCGAGUUGUUUAAACCACUCUGAAUAUUUGCUGAGAUAAACCAAAAAGGACCAUUAGGCAAUAAUUAAUGCUAAUUGAGGCUGAUUUAUCCUAAAUUGUCAAAACACGGUGAACGGUUGGCAACAUUAUAUUAAGACGAAAAAAUAGAGAGAACCAGGAAUAUACAGACCAACCUGAAACAGACAACGGAUGACAGACCCGUGAACUUUGAACUCCUCAUCCAACGCAGACGGAAUGUGCCAAUAAGACAGAAACAAGAUUCAAGCCUUUACAUAUUAUUUGAGAUGUGCCAUUGAUUGAGAUUGGUCACGUUGGAGAUACAGAAUGUUCUGUUUUGUUCAGGAACGCCGGGAAACUUAAAGCUAAGGGAACAGCUGAGGAUUCAUAAAUAAUCGUUUUACUCUACAUUAGUUUGCACUUUCUGUAGAUACAUUAAGAAUAAAUAUGUCUUAUUUUUAACAGAAUACCUACAAUAAUUUAUUAUAAUAAUUUAUUUUUAGAUAGGAGCCUUGAAUGUUACUUUGACCGUCUGUAUAUAACUCAUUGAAGAUAUAAUAAGUCUGAAUAAGCAACAGUUGUAAUAUAGUUGUGCCAAGAAAUGCAAUGGGUUCAGAAUCGCUUCAAUAAGCCAUGAUUGUCUCGUCCGCAAGUCUCCUUAAGUCUCCUUAAGCAGCCUCCGAAGGCUGCUCAGAUACUGGACCGUUCUGUAGAUUAAACAACAUGAUGACAAGCUUGGGCAUAAGGUCCUGCUCCACCUCGACCUAGACCUGGUCCGACCAGACCACCUAGAACUAGACCUGGUCCGACCAGACCACCUAGAACUAGACCUGGUCCGACCAGACCACCUAGUUCUAGGCCCGGCUCCACCCAGACCCUCUGAAUAGACAGUCACCGAGACCUAGACCCUGUGUAGGCCUAGACCCAGACUCUAGACCCUAGUUCUAGGGUCUAGAGUCUAGACCUAGGGUCUGGCUGUGAGAUGGGAUGUUGAGGCACCAUACGCUCAGAGCGACCAAGAGGAAGACGCAAAGGAGCAGGACGGACUCAGACUGUAAAUAAAUGUUUUUGCCGUGGGCGAGAGAGAGAGCAGAACGGAGCCCUGAUCCCACACAUGUCCGUGUUCCAGUGUGUGUUUGGACAUCAACAUGAGGAUAUAGUAAUAUAAACGUAUACGUCUGUCAUCAUAAACACACAUGUCAGCUUCCCUGUUCUGCUGGCGUUACUUUAUAUGUUAAUGGAAGCUCUAAUAACCAUCAAUACUUUGCAUUGUGUUUUUUAAUGAGAUCAAUAAACGAUACGAAACAUGAACCGACCCUGGCCAUCAGGACGAAGCUCUUUGCUCCCAGUAACACCUCUUACCAGUAACAUCUCGGACCAGUAACACGGUGUUCCAUCCUUUGCUGCAACAAGGUCGUAAGAGAGAGGAGAGAGAGACCGGCUCUCAGAGAGUAGGGAGAGACCGGCUCUCAGAGAGGAGAGAGAGACCGGCUCUCAGAGAGUAGAGAGAGUUCAGCCCUCAGAGAGGAGGGAGAGAGAGACCGGCUCUCAGAGAGGAGAGAGAGACCGGCUCUCAGACCCAGAGGAACUUAAGACCUAGAGCCUGGAGGAGAUAUAGAACUGAGUCCAAAGGCCUGUAGAGUCCAGAGGCCUUGUCAACACAAAUGCUGAAUGUUUGUUCAGAGCAGAAACCAUUCUCUGUGUUUUAUAUAUCAGCGAAAAAAAUCUCUAUACAGUAUAUAUAUUCAAUGUAAUUUUUUUGAUUAUGAAAACCAAACCUGAAAUAAACCAUGUCUGAAACGA